AUGUCAGCCAGAAAGGGCUAUCUGCUCCCUUCGCCAAAUUAUUCCACAACAAUGUCAUGCUCCGAGAACCCGGCUGCAAACUCUUUUUUGGUAGACUCCCUGAUCAGCUCGGGCAGAGGGGAAGCGGCAGGAGCAGGAGGCGGAGGCGGAGGCGGAGGCGGCUACUAUCCCAACAGUGGUAUCUACCUGCCACAGGCGUCCGAUCUGUCCUACGGGCUGCAAAGCUGCGGACUUUUCCCCGUUCUGAGCAAACGCAAUGAAGGUACUUCUCAAAGCGUGGUCCCCAGCUCGCACUCCUACGUGUCAGGGAUGGAAGUGUGGCUAGAGCCCCCCCGGUCCUGUCGCAUGGAAGAGCCGGAGAGCCAGCAGGCCACCUCGUGCUCCUUCGCUCCAAGCAUUAAGGAGGAGAGCUCCUACUGCCUCUAUGACUCAGAGAAAUGCCCCAAGGGCUCGGGCGCCACAGACCUCGCUCCCUUCCCCCGGUUGAGUGCCGAGGUCAGCCCGGCCAGCAGCGGCGGCGGGGUUCCCGUACCGGGCUACUUCCGCCUCUCCCAGACUUAUGGCACUUCCAAGAACUACGGCGCGGGGCCGGCCGGGGCUGCCCCCUUCCCUCCGCAGCCCCCCGGCCGCUUCCAGACACCUCCAUCUUUGCCUCCUGUCCCAGACGCGGGGAGGAAAGAGGACGAGGAACGCUCCCCCAGCCCCUUGGCGUGCGUCUCCCAUAGGGAGGACGAGACUCAGGCUUCAUCUUCCACCGCAGAGGAGCUCUCUCCAGCUCCGUCAGAGAGCAGCAAAGCUUCUCCCGAGAAAGAGCCCGUAGGAAAUUCAAAAGGAGAAAAUGCAGCUAACUGGCUCACGGCAAAAAGUGGCAGAAAGAAACGAUGCCCCUAUACCAAGCAUCAAACUCUCGAGCUGGAAAAGGAGUUUCUAUUCAAUAUGUACCUGACUCGUGAGCGUCGCCUAGAGAUCAGCCGCACAGUCCACCUCACAGACAGACAAGUUAAAAUCUGGUUUCAGAAUCGCAGAAUGAAACUGAAGAAAAUGAACAGAGAGAAUAGGAUUCGGGAGCUCACAGCCAACUUUAAUUUCUCUUGAUGAAUCCGUAAACACGUCUUUAUGGUUUAAAGAGCCAGUAUCAUUUUCCUAGGCUGUAGUCAUCCGCACCUGUAUGGAUUAACGAUUUUAGACACUCUCAU